AUGGAAGAAAAUCGUGACAGUUGGUGGAGUGGAUUUUUCUCCAAAACUUCGAUAAUUUGCGACGCUGCUGAAGUCGACGACGAAUCCACUGCAUUGCUACUACCUGUCAUUGGGUCUGAUGGCGCAUUCACUGGACUGGAUCCAAUUUCACUCCGGACACUACGGAUGCUAAUCAACUGCGUGGAACCCGUGUUACAAGUCGACGAGUUGACACUAAUCAUAAGCAGUUCAAAUUCACUGCACCAGACUGCUUGCACAUUGGCCGCGCUGAGAAUUGGUGCUGUGCCGCACAUAGUAAGUGCCUUCUUGGUUGCGAGGUACCCCAUUCUCGAUCCGGUCUAUCAUUACUUAGAAAAUCACUGUUACUAUUAUCUUCAUUGA